AUGUCUGAUGAGCAGGACAGGAGGAAAGUUCUUCAUAACACUGAACUACCACCACCUGCAGAAGAUGAUGUGGACGCUCUAUUAGCGUCGCUUGAAGAAGAAGAUGAUUCAGAGUACCGUGCCCAGAGGCUUGAAGAGCUUCGCAGUGCAAGUGAGGUGACCAAGCCGUCAACAACGACAUUUUCAACUACAAACAGAGCAUUCAUCACGCUGAAGAGCGAUGAUGAAACACUCAGUUUCACGACAGAGCAUGAGAGGGCGGUAGUACAUUUCUUCCACCCCGAAUUCGCCAGAUGCAGCACCAUGGACUCACAUUGUGAGCGAAUCGCAGAGACACAUGCGCAGCAGCAUGAAGCGGAUGUGUCAUUUGCCAGAAUCGAUGUCAAAAAUGCUCCGUUCGUGGUGGAAAAACUUGGAGUCAGGAUUUUGCCAUGUGUGAUUGGCUUUGUGAAGGGAGUCGCCAAAGGCAAAGUUACUGGCUUCGAAGGACUAUGCUGGGAUGGUAAAGAAGGGAGUCUCAAUGUCACUCGCGCUCUCGAGGAAGCGUUCGUCGAUUGGACCGUUUUGAAAAGGAAACUUGUCCGUGGGCACGAAGACGAGGACGACAGCGAGGACGAUAAUGCAAAGAGGACGCUUCAGAAGGGAGGUCGAGGUAUUCGCGAUCGCAGCAAAGCUACAGCGGAGGAUGAAGACGAUGACUGGGAUUGA